CUCAACGCCAAUCAUUCGUUUUUAUUUCUAAUUCGUCCACUCUCGUCGUUCUUCCGUGAGAGAGAGAGAUGAGAGCUGAGAAGAAUCGUGCAUCUUCCUCGUUCUUCUCUCACUUCUGGUCCUCAGCACUCAGAGCGAAGACCCUAACUACUUAUUCGGAAACCUCCGACCGUACUAAUGACGGCGAAGGCCUCGUUCGCCGUCUCGGCCUCUUCGAUCUCAUUCUUAUUGGCAUUGGCGCUUCUGUCGGUGCCGGAAUCUUUGUCGUCACCGGUGCUGUUGCUCGCGAUGCCGGUCCUGGCGUCACAAUUAGCUUCAUACUUGCAGGAGCGUCUUGUGUGCUCAGUGCACUCUGUUAUGCUGAACUAGCUUCUCGUUUUCCUGCUGUUGUUGGGGGAACAUACUUAUAUACAUAUACAGCCUUCAAUGAGCUUACUGCUUUUCUUGUGUUUGCACAACUGAUGCUUGACUCUCACAUCGGUACUGCUAGCAUAGCACGUAGUUUGGCAAGCUAUGUAGUCAAUAUAAUAGAGCUCAUUCCCUUCUUCAAGGACAACAUACCAAGAUGGAUUGGUCACGGGAGUGAAGAAAUUUUUGGAGCUAUAUCUUUCAACAUAUUAGCUCCAAUUCUAUUAGCACUUCUGACAAUAAUUCUAUGUCGGGGUGUUGGAGAAUCAUCUCUACUAAAUUCAGUCAUGACUACAUUGAAGGUAGUCAUUCUUAUUUUUGUCAUUAUUGUUGGUGCUUUUGAGGUUGAUGUUUCAAAUUGGUCACCUUUUGCCCCAAAUGGUUUUAAGUCAAUAUUGACCGGAGCAACUGUGGUGGUUUUUGCAUAUGUUGGAUUUGAUGCAGUUGUUAUUUCAGCUGAAGAAUCUAAAGCACCAAAGCGGGACUUACCAUUAGGUAUAAUGGGAAGCCUUCUUGUUUGUAUUGCCUUAUACAUUGGUGUGUGCAUAGUGAUUACUGGAAUGGUACCUUACCAAUUUCUUGGGGAAGAUGCUUCUUUGGCUGAAGCUUUCUCAUCCAAAGGCUUGAAAUAUGUAUCUGUGUUAAUCAGCAUUGGUGCUGUUGCUGGACUUACUACAACCCUUCUGGUUGGUCUUUACGUUAUGUCUCGGUUGUAUCUUGGGCUUGGAAGGGAUGGUUUACUACCCUCAAUAUUUGCUAAGGUACACCAGACACGCCACACUCCUGUUCAUUCACAGGUCUGGGUUGGUAUUGUUGAUUGCAUCUUGGCUGGGCUAUUCAAUGUUACUGUGCUCUCGCAUGUUCUCUCAGUUGGCUCAUUGGUAUGUCGGCAUCCAGCUUCUGUCUUUAACAAGUUGAUCUUGAUGAAUGUAUUUGUGUUUGAUAAAGGCGAAAGUUGGAUGAAUCUUCUGCAUUUACUUUAUCUCAUGCAAGUGCUAAUCAUAUUAUUCAUGUUUCUGUCUAACAGUCUUUUCUUUGAAAAAGAAAAAGUCCUCAGAAGUGUGGUAACAGUCCUUUCUUGAACAUCUUAGUCAUAUUUAUAGUUGAAUUGUGUGCAACUAACAUAAAUACUAUGGUUGUUUCAGACUGGAUAUUCCAUUGUUUCAGCAUGUGUGGUAACCCUCCGCUUGAAGGAUAGGACUGCAAGUCAAGUUUCCACCAGAUGGAUGUCAGAAUGGGGGGAAGGUGUUGUUUGCCUUAUCAUAAUUGCCUGUUGUGGUUUUGCUGCUGGACUCUUUUAUCGUUUCAGCGCAUCGUAUAUUCUUCUGAUUGUUGCUGUAGUUAUUGCAAUCUUUGCUGCUGCCGCUCUUCAUUUCCGGCAAGUUUAUACAGAUCCACCAAGUUUUUCUUGUCCAGGGGUUCCAAUUGUGCCGGCUGUUUGCAUCUUAUUCAACAUGUUCCUUUUUGCUCAGUUACACUAUGAAGCCUGGGUGAGAUUUGUCGUCCUCAGCAUUGUUACAGUUGUUAUUUAUGCUUUUUAUGGGCAGUAUCAUGCAAAUCCUGUAAGUUCCAACGAGACAAUUGUCUACCAUAGGGCAUCUGCAGAAGAAGCUGAAUAGUUACACGUUUUCUGUAGAUGUGACUUGUUAUCUGUUGUAUCAAUUAUAUUGUAAUCUCCUGAGAGGUGUAUUGGUUUUACUAUAACAUUCGUUUGUUAGUGCUUUGUUUGGAAACUGAGGCACUAUUGCAUACAUCAACAGGUGUUUGAUAUUAGAAUCUGUACAUAUAUAUAUACAUGAAUCCUUGUAAACCUUUCAAAGACUAUUAGGCAACAAGCUGCAAUAAUCUCGAGGGA